AAGUAAUACAGUCAAAUGAAAUUCAUCUUUGGUGGGAGGUUGAUAUUUGGACCAGAUGCCAAGUCACUGAUUGUCACUGUAUUGCUUAUACUCGUUCCCAUCAUUGUUUUCUGUGUUCUAGUGGCGAGGCACCUUCGCCAUUCAUUUCCAUCAUACAAUGCAGGAUAUGCAAUUCUGGUGGUAGCAAUUGUCUUUACCAUUUAUGUAUUGGUGCUUCUUCUUGUAACUUCAGCCCGGGACCCCGGUAUUAUUCCACGUGCAUCACAUCCACCUGAGGAAGAGUUCUGUUAUGAAUCCUCAGUUUCAGUCGACGGUGGAAGGCAAACUCCAAGCCUACAAUUCCCUCGCACCAAAGAAGUUAUUGUCAAUGGCGUGCCUGUGAGGGUGAAAUAUUGUGAUACUUGUAUGUUGUAUCGUCCUCCCCGUUGCUCUCAUUGUUCAAUCUGCAACAACUGUGUGGAACGAUUUGAUCAUCAUUGCCCUUGGGUGGGCCAGUGCAUUGGAUUGCGUAAUUACCGUUUCUUCUUUAUGUUCGUUUCUUCUUCGACUCUCCUUUGCAUCUAUGUGUUCGCCAUAUCAGCAUUGUACAUCAAGAUACUCAUGGAUGAUCAUGGCACAGUUUGGGAGGCAAUGAAAGACUCUCCUGCGGCAGUGGUGCUCAUGGUCUAUUGCUUUAUUUCUCUGUGGUUUGUUGGUGGUCUCACUGGCUUCCACUCAUACCUUAUUGGUACAAACCAGACGACAUACGAGAAUUUCCGUUACAGAGCUGACAACAGACGUAAUGUCUUCAACCGUGGUUGCUUAAAUAAUUUCUUUGAAGUAUUUUGCUCAAAGAUAAAGCCUUCAAGGAACAAUUUCCGUGCUUUCGUACAGCAGGAAGUGCCUAGGCUUUCAAUGGCCCGUACACGUGAUAUGGAAGUAGAAGAUACAAGUGGGAACCCACGUGCAAAAGUGGAAGAUGAUCUAGAGUUAGGUGGAGAUCUAUUGAAGAUUUCACAGCGCCAUAACUUUGAAGAAGUGGAUGAAGACAUACGCAGCAGAGGCGGCAACGGUCAACAUCAUGAUAAUACUCUCGAAGCUGACUUUGUCUUGGGUUCAGACCAACAAGCUCCUCCUGCUGUUCGAUCAGAGGCUCGCCACUCAAGUUGGGGUAGGAGGAGUGGAAGCUGGGAGAUAUCACCUGAUAUUCUUGCCAUGAACUCUGCAGUCACUGAAAGCAGGAACUGUAACACAUAGAAGGAAUCACAGCAGUAAGGCACUGGUUAUUUUAGGUGAUUCUUGUGACACAACAUAUUGACACGAAUGCACUGAAUGGAUCAAUGUUCCUAUCUGGGUUGUGAUACGCCCAAUUCAGGCCAUGGCUGGUGAAAUUGCCAUUGGUUGGACAAUUACAGAUGAACCCACCCAUGGAAAUCAGUUUAAUUCCCCUCCUGUGUCCAUUUGUGCAGGGCGUGAUCUCUUCCAUUUGUUUUAGGGGGGCAGAAGUGUGUUUGUAAGUACAGGCGGUCUAGGGGGUAAAAGAAAUCUUUUGCUUUUUUAAUUUUUUUUUCUCCUUUUGUUCCUUCUUUUUAAAUCUCAUACUUUACAUUGUGUAACAAUUUGAUAUUGUGGACUUGUGAAUCUUUAGUUGGUGGCUUGAUUCUUUCUGUGUAA